CCAAGUUCCACUGGAGGGUCUUUUCAGGAGUGCCCCAAUUUCCACUGGAACCUGGGCGAGGAGGGUGAGGAGGGCGGGAAGAGGUGGGGAGCCCGUGGCUGGCUGCUUUGGGCCACUUGGUCGCCUGCAAGCAGCUGAAAAGCCCCCGCGGGCAAGUGCAGGAUCUGAGCCUGGGGCCAGUCUCCAGGCGGACACUAAGCCCCCUGCGUCCCGCUGCCCGGCAGCUGCGGGGAUUCAGAAGCUCCCUGGCCGGUGCCAACCCGAAGGCUAGUGCUCAGCGGACCCCGCGGACCCCGCGGACCCGGCGGACCCGGCGCGCCAGGGGAGCGCGGGGCUGCUGCAAGCACGCGCGGCCUCGGAAUCUCGCGGUCACAUCCCCCGGGACGGGCUCAGCGCCUCCCUGCCCAGCCGCGCGCCCCGGCGCCUGCGCCUCGCGGACCUCUUUUCCCGCGCGCGGGUAUUUACGUGCGGACACGGGCCGGGUGGAGGGCCGACCAUUGGUCAGACGCGCGGUCAGUUCGCCCCCUCUUCCAGAAGAGCCCGCCGGGCUUUGCAGUGCUGCUGCAGCUGUGCAUGGGCCUGCACGCGCGGCUGCUCCUCCGAGGUGGUUCCUUUGAACUCUAAGGAGUAAACAAGUGCUCUGGGAUCCAACUUGGAACUGCGCGCUGCUGUUCCCAGGCUGUGUCUCUCUGAUCGGUUCUCUUCUGUUUCAAAAAGCAUUUUUGUGAUCUUGUUCCUAUUGUUCAUUUUCUUCGAAGAGAGAGACUUCAGAGGAGAGACAGAGGCGCAAUACCUCUUCUAAAAAAGAAAAAAAACUAAAGGAGCAGUAAAGUUCCUGACUCUUCCCGGGUUCUCUGCUGUUUCGAAAACUCAUCUCCGUGUGAUGUUUAUCAUUACUGCAGAUCUUGUUCCUAUUGUUCAUUUUCUUUGAAGAGAGAGACCUCAGAGGAGAGAUAGAGGCGCAAUACCUCUUCUAAAAAAAAAACAAAAAACAAAAAACUAAAGCAGCAGUAAAGUUCCUGACUCUGCCCAGUGUUUCAGUUGAGCUUCCUGUUCAUCUUAAAGCCAUCAUGGCUUUUGAGAAACACAAUGAGAGAAAGCCAUUGAAUGGUAGAAGGAAUAUCACACAGGAGCCGGCUCCGCCUUCAAAAAGGGCCAAGAAAGAGCAAAGCGAGAAGAAACCCAUUAAUGGAGUACUGCAGCGUGUUAAAUUUCUCCAAGAUAAAACUGACACUCAUAGUGGCAAGGCAGUGCUGAUGCCUGGCAUAGAGGACGCUGAAACUUACAACAAGGGUAAAAGCUACCUGAGAGAUUUUUCUGAACAAACUGGUGUGAAAAUUGACCGUAACAAAAGUCAGAGUGAGCAGAAAGCAAACAACCCAUUAGUUGGCCAGUCACCGAAAUUAAAAAACAACUGUGUCAAAUUUUAUAUUGAUGUAACCGAGAAGUACGGAGCAGUCAUUGUUCAAAAUCAUCAGUUAUACACACAAGGGGACAAACUCUGUGUCAGUGGUCUCAAAGGAGAAACCAUUAAGAAGGCUUUAUGUCGGGAUGUCAGGUUUCUGCCCUGUCUGGAGAAUAGUGUUUGGAAACUCGUGGAAAACCAGAGCUUCGUUUUAGAGAGUUCCCAGCUUGUGGAUGAUCUGGAGGGCCGAUUCUUUGAGAUUGAGUUUGAGAUUGGUAUACCGGUUAAAUUAACCAAGCUUCUUAAUAAUCACAGCGAAACGGUCGGUUACCUCUCAUGGGAGAACAUGGGAAGGAAGGGCAGUGCCACCUGCUUUGUUUUUAACAAGCAGUUCAUUUUCACUUGUUGGCAUGUGGUAAGAGAGAUUGUUGGACAGGGAGUAAAUCAAGCCUUGUGGGCAGGCAUAAUUAGUGAGUGCGUACAGGUAUCGUUUGGUUAUGAAGAGAACAUCGAGAGGGAAAGGAACUCCUUUUCUCUUGACCCUUGGUUUGAGGUAGGCGAUAAAAGUCUUGAUUAUGCUGUUCUGAAACUGAACAGAGGAGUGGAAGCCCCAGUUUUUUAUGGAGUUACUAAGAUCCUUACUCCUGUGGCAGUUAGUGAUGUGAUACAUCUUAUCGGUCAUCCAAAUGGACAGAGGAAGAAAAUGGAGAAAUGUUUUGUAAUCCAUCAGAGUCAGCAGGAACAGGAAUUUCAGGCUAGGCAAGCAGAACUUUCAGAUGUCCACGUAAGUGAAAAUAGUGAUGUGAUUUUCUAUCACACCUCUUUUUACUUUGAGGCUUCUGGCUCCCCUCUGUUUAAUUCAGAGGGUUUGCUGGUGGGCAUGCAUGCCGGUCCAAAUCUUGACUCCCGAGAAGGAAAUGCUAAACCCUUUGGGUUUGGCCCUUCUAUGUAUGCUAUCCUUAGUCAUAUCAAGCAGAACUUCCCAAUCUGUUUUGAAGAAAUGACUGAUCUUCCAGAUGAGGAAAUGGCAAGUCUUGAGUAUUGAAGAUAGUGAGAAUUCAGUUUCCUUACCAACUUUAAGAGAAAUUCCUUGCAAUUCAUCAGGGAGGUAAUGGAAGUAAAACCAUCAAAUAAGCUUAUCUUCUAGAAAAGAAAUGAUGGUUUCACAAGGAUUUAGAGGAGCCACUGGUACCCACUUGAUAGUCAAGUAUCUGACUAACACUCUCGGAGAAAACUUUGGAUAGAUUUUGCAAAGUGAAAGAAUUCUGGUUGCCAAGUUAGAUUUAUCUUCUUAAUCUGCCAGAGAGAGAGAAUAUUAUAGCCCACUUUGCCUAGUGGUGCUUACCAUAGUGUGAGCCUGAGAAUUUGGUGUUUGGGGACUAUUGGAGCCGUAUCCUGUGACACCACUAGGGAUCAAGUUGAUCUUGUGGGAGAAGGUAGAGAUCAAACCGAGUGGGCAGGCAUAGAGUGUGUAAAGGUGUCAUUUGGUUAGGAAGAGAACUGCUUAUUCUUGACCCUUGGUUUGAGCUAGCUGUGGAAAGUUUAUUAUGCUGUUCUGUAAAUGGAUACAGGAGAGGGAGUCCACAUUCUUUCUGGAGACAAUGAGAGACCUCCUCCUGCAUCAUAAGGUGACAUGAUAUGUAUUAUUAGUCAUCCAGAUGGAGAGCAUACCACAAAGCUGGCUCCUGGUUUCCUUAAAAAAAACUCUGUAAGGCCACAGUACAUAAAUUUUGAACUUGAGAACAACAUUUUCUUGCUUGUGCUAGGAAGAGAGCUCUAAGGGCUACAAACACCUCUCUUGCGUGCCACAGCCCUGGGUUUAGUCUCUGGUGCUACAUGGUUCUCUGAACACCAUUGGGACCAACCAUUGUACACCCUUGUGUAUGGAAAGACAACGAAUUGUCUUUCUUGAACUUAGGGAUAAUUCUAGAAGUCCCACGAAUAAUCCAUAAAAGAUGCAACAUGGUUUUAAAAUACAUUACCUUGAUCCUCAGUACAAAACAUGUUAGAAUUGAUGAAAUAAAACUUGGAAUUUGAGAGUCGGCAUGUUAAAAUUUUCAUAACUGUCCAUUUUAUCCAAAGUAAGGAAACUGCUAAAUUUGAUAGCGAUAUUGAAGUCUGUUUUUAAGUUUUUGUAAGCUGUUUAUAACAGGUUAUUUUAGACUAAGUUUUGUAAAAAAAAAAAAAAGAGUAAGUGACAGUUCUGUCUUACUUCUUUAAUUGUAUGAAAAAUCUCCAAGUCU